AUGUAUUGUCAUAAAACUUUACUGAAUUUGUGUUUCGUGAUGGCGGCAGUCUUACCAGGAUCUUUCGGUUACUUCAUGAAGAUGAAUGAUUCUACAUAUCUUGAGAUACCGCCGCUUUUUCACUUGGACGAGUGGGCGCUGUGUCAGCGACCGAAGGACGUCUACUGCAUGGUGGAUGCAGCUCUAACUUCACCCAAGCCGUCACCCUUGUUGGACUUCCUAAAGGAAUACUCCUCAAACACCCAAAAGCAUUAUAAUCGUACGCUGGUCCACCGUGGUGUCUGCAUCAGCAAAUGUGGAGCCGAAGGUCCGGAGACCUGGCGUGGUGCUGCGGAGCGCUGCCUCAAUAGUAACUUGGCGCAGUAUGAACUGGAGGCUGAAAUUCUGGCCGUACAGUUUUGUAAUACACCUGAGACGGUGUAUACGCAUCCUUCUACCGGUGCUUUUAACAUCGUAACAUUGUCUCUUCUUACGAUCACGAUUUUGGCAACAGUGAUACAUAUUUUUGGUGGACGUUGUACUGGAUUUUCAGAAAACAAAUUCAUACAAGCUUUUUCGUUAAAACGUAACUGGCAAAUUUUGAAGCGAAUCAAAUCUGAGAAAGAAUUAGACGACCGAACGAAGGAUCUCCUCUGCCUUGAAGGAAUCAGAUUCGUGGGAACGCUUGGCGUCAUCUUCACGCACACGUCCAUCACAUAUGUGUACUCAUAUAUCGACAAUCCGGAAUAUAUAGAACAUAUGUUUGACCAGCUUAGUGCGAAGGUGGCUUUCAAUACUCCGCUGUGGAUGCAGGUCUUCUUCUCAAUCUCCGGCUUCCUCACAACAUAUUUAUGUCUGAUAUAUUCCGAAACGAGAAAAUUGUCUAUCUUGAAAUGUAUACUGUCGUUCAUACACCGAUACAUAAGAUUAACGCCAGUAGCAUUAUACGCUCUAUGGUUCACCAUGACGUGGUACCCACGGCUGGGGGAGGGCCCGCAGUGGGCCUGGCUCAUCCAGCGCGAGGCGGAGGACUGCACGGAGCGGUGGUGGUACCACGCCAUCUAUGUGCAUAACUACCUACCACUUGGGAAGUACUGCAUGGGACAUACUUGGUAUUUGGCAGUAGACAUGCAGUUGCAUGUUCUGGGUCUAGUGUUACUGUUCAUAUUCUUGAAAUGUAGGAGCACAGUGAAGCCGAUUAUAUCCGUGCUCCUCAUUGGUUCAACCAUAGCUACCGGCUUAGUCGUUCAUUUCUACAAUUUGACACCAAUAAUUACUUCACAGGCACCUGAAGUCGUCAACACCAUGUUCAAGGGCUCCCGUAUCCUAACGAUCUUGUACCUGCCGCUCUGGAUGAACCUCUCCGGGUACCUGCUUGGUAUCGCCACUGCCUUCAUCUACUACCAUCAUCGUACCAACGGUUACAAGCUCAGCGAAGCUAAGUGGUUCCGGCUGGCGGCCCACGCGGGCCUGCCGCUGGCGGGCGCGGUGUCGCUGGCGGGCGCGCUGUUCCUGGCGCAGCGCGCGCCGCCGCGCGCCGCCGCCGCGGCCUACGGCGCGCUCGACCGCGGCCUCAUCGCGCUCGGCUUCUGCGUCUUCCUGCUGGGCUGCCUCAGCGGGUGCCGCUCAAUUCUACGCGACGCCCUCCUCUGGCGCGGGUUCCAGGUGAUCGGUCGCCUGACCUACUCCGUGUUUAUCGUCCACUUCAUCAUCAUGAGGAUGAUCGUCGCCUGCAACACGCAGAUCGGACACGUGUCCGGUUAUUCUAUGAUAUGCCUAUUAGUGGUUGGCAUUGUUCUAUCAUACAUUGUCGCUGUACCAAUAUAUCUCUUUGUAGAGAUGCCAUCAAUUCAGCUGUGGAGGGCACUGACUCGUUCUGAUAGCAAGAAUGAUAGCACCGACCGAGAAUCACCGAUCAAAAUUGAUAUUGUAACGAGUAGAAAUAAUACCGAACAAAGUAUAGUUUAA